UACCUCCGACUGUAUCAACAUCUGUAGUUGCUAAGCGUUAUGCAUUUCUUUCUGCUGCAUUAAUAGAAUUAUCCCCACAGAAGAUGCCAAUAUCUGAAGUACAGUUACAUGAUAAUCUUCUGAAUGAGCUGCUGGGUAGUAUGCGCCAUUCAUCUGCGCAAGUCCGGGAAGCUAUAGGUGUUACCCUUUCAGUGUUAUGCUCAAACAUUCGGCUUUAUAUGUCGUUUUCUCAAGAUAAUCCUGACAUGAAAUCUGAUAUUAGUCACCACCUUAAGGAGGAAAGCUGGGUCCAGUUGGUUACAGAAAGAGCAUCUGAAGCAGUCGCAAACAUUCAGAAAACUGGCAUGUCUGAUAGUCUGGAGGCCUCCACUGAUGUAAAUACUCAAAAUGGUCAUCUUAAUGUAAAUCAUGCUGACUCACAAGAUGAUGUCAAAUGGAUGGAAACGUUAUUUCAUUUUAUCGUCUCAACUUUGAAGUCUGGAAGAUCUUCAUAUAUGCUUGACGUAAUUGUGAGCCUUCUCCACCCAAUAAUUUCCUUGCAGGAAACAUCAAAUAAAGAUUUAUCCACAUUGGCCAAAGUAGCUUUCGAAUUGCUAAAAUGGAGGGUUUUCCGUGAGCCCCAUCUCCAGAAAGCUGUUUCAGUUAUUCUUUCUUCUGCAAAUGACUCAAACUGGCGGACAAGAUCUGCAACUCUAACAUAUCUCCCAACUUUUAUGUUUAGGCAUACUUUCAUUCUCUCAAGUGGGGAGAAGCAAAAGAUCUGGAGAACUGUAGAAAAGCUACUUGUUGACAGUCAAGUGGAGGUGAGGGAGCAUGCUGCUGCUGUUCUAGCUGGACUAAUGAAGGGUGGCGACGAAGAUUUAGCUAGUGCCUUUCGUGAGAGAGCUUAUAAGGAUGCAAAUUCAAUCCAAAGAAGGAGGAGGAAAUCAAAUUCAGGUCAAUCUGUCGCUUCUGUUCACGGUGCUGUACUUGCUUUGGUGGCUUCUGUGUUAUCUGUUCCAUAUGACAUGCCCAGAUGGUUGCCUGAUCACAUUACAUUACUGGCUCGUUUUGCUGGGGAGCCAUCACCUGUGAAAUCUACAGUGACAAAGGCAGUUGCGGAGUUCCGGCGUACCCAUGCGGACACAUGGAGUCUUCAGAAAGAUUCAUUUACUGAAGAGCAACUUGAGGUCCUGGCUGAUACAUCCUCAUCAUCAUCAUAUUUUGCAUGAUUAAGAUACUUCUAUACUGUAAGAAACAGUACAGCAGAAACACAAUGAUUGAUAGCGAGAAUUAUAUUUUUCC